ACCCGAUAUCCGUCUUCUUUCUCUUCAAGGGCAACAGCGAGGCUUUAUUCAAAACUUUCCCUUCUUGACACAUUGAAGAAUGGCGGGUAACGGCGUUCCUGUCUUAUUGGUCACUGCGAACGUCGGCAGUAUCUUCGAGGAGCCUAGCAUGAUGUUGAAAAUUUGGACGGAAGAAUUUUUAUCUACUAUACUGAGGCUGGAUCCAAAAUUUAUUGCACUGCACUGCCAAGAAGUAGGUGGAAAAAAUUAUGAGCACAGCACCAGGCAGGUGGAAGACUUUGUUAGGUUACUAAUGUCAUCGGAGGAAUUAAGGCUGUUUGACAAAAUUAGGGUAUUCUUGGAUGAAGAUUAUUCAUCUGCUGAACAUUUUACGGCCCUUGGAAAUUUGUACUUUGUGCAUGAAUCUUUGAAAGAAGUUUUAUUAUGGGAUUUCCAAGAAUGUACUUUUAUACCAGUGGAUGGAAAGGAGAUUCAUUCUGGUAAUAUAGAAGCAGUCACGACCAAAGAAAAAGCAAAGUUCCCUCAGGAAUUCUUUCCAGAAUGUAAAUGGUCCAGAAAAGGAUUUCUGAGAACACGAUGGAGUAUUAGUGGAACAGUUUUUGAUCUCAUAAACAUACAUUUAUUUCACGAUGCCAGUAAUUUCAUUGCUAUGGAAACAUUUCCAUCCGUAUACAGUAAGACGCGUAGAAGAGCGCUCGAGCAUACAUUAGAUAGGUUUCAUAAUGAUAAAUAUUCAAAUGUACCAUACUUUUUAUUUGGAGACUUUAAUUUUAGAACGGACACAGCCGGUGUAAUCAAAAAACUUACGGAAGAUACUCAAGAAAGAAGGUUAUCAAACAAAGGAAGUAUUUCGAAGCUGCAGUUUCAUAAUAAAGACGAUGAUCUCAUAUUAACAUUAGGGAAAAAAGAAUUUUCUUAUUACGAGCAUCAGAAUGUUUUUGUGCAAAAUAGUGGACAAUGGCUACGUGAAUAUGACAGAGAGCUGGAAGACUUUGAUGGAAGAUUAUUUGAAUUUCCGAUUAAAUUUGUACCCAGUUACCCAUUUGAGGAAGAUAUCAAUGAAGGAUCAAAUUAUAUGCAAACAAGAGUACCGGCUUGGUGCGAUCGUGUUCUGCUGAGUCCUACCGCUAAAAUGCUAGUCCAAGAUAUAUCAUCGCCGGAUGCCAUGGAAUAUGGAAUAAUAGGGCCAACAACUUGUAUGGGCGAUCAUAAGCCAGUCUACUUGAGGGCUAAUCUCAUCGUGGACGAAGGUAUGAUAAACUGCUGCAGCUUGUCGAGUGCACCUGAGUUUUGCUUUCGAGUGCCAAGCAAUUAUGUGGAAUUGUUAUCCAUGUUGCCUGAUUACAGUAGUUGCGCUAGUGGACAGGUUAAUUACACGGACCGUUCGACUAAUCUGUUGCACGCAGCACCCAUUAAGCAUGAUCCUUAUACCCCAGAUAGCAUGGACAGUCCAAGUCCAAAUGCUAUAAUAUCAGCCACGGGUGAACUCCCGGACGUAGACAUAGAUAACAUGAACAACGUGUCCAUGGCACAGUUUGUACAGACGUCGAACUUUGCCAGACGUUUAGACACAGCUGUGUCGCCUGCUCUCUUAAAAUCCAAGUUAGAACUGAUCGUUCGGAACAAAAAACAAGAGGCGAUGGACGCGGAUCAAGAUACAGCUGAUAUCAAAAGAAGCCCUAGCGACUGCUGCUUACACUCGUGGCCCAAUACUGAGGAGUGUAAAAACGUAUGGUCUGUAAGGACGAACAGAUGUAACAGCGACCUGUCCUGGCAGAGAUCGCAUCUCUUAACCGAAGCAUGGGUUCAGAGCAAAGGACAACAAGGGUAUCAUUCGUUUGGAGAUUUUAUCAAACGAUCGUCCUUGGAUUCAACUCCGCCGAACGGUGUUGAGGGUUUGCCUUCCGAUUUGAUUAUACCAAGGAUAUCAAUAAUAAAUGCUAGUAACUUCGAAUCAAACGAGAGUUCCGUGUACUUACACGACGACAAGUAUAGCGACUAUUCGGAUAAGAAACUAAGCACUUACUCGGACGACCGAACAAAGAGCUUGAGCGGCGAAGCGUUCAGUUCAGGAAAGUCGGAUGAACUUUGCGAUAAAACAGACGACGAGAGCAACAGACUGAGCUUAAAUACGAAGAAAAUAGGAAUGAACGAGAGCGUUUAUUUGCAAAACAUAAGUGAGCUAAUAACGAAACCAGACAAGAAUUCUUGUGCAAUGGUGGUUAGUACAAAUCGUUUUAAUAUUGACGGUAAGAUGAGUAAAAUGAACGAGGAACGAAUGCUUGAAAAUAGAGAGAAAUGCUUAAAUCAAAUUAUAAAUACAUUAGAAAGCACAGAGGAUAAUAAUAGUAAAAAUCAACGUGCACUCGCGGAUGAUGCACUAGUUGAUAAGACAAGUAUUAAAAGUAGAAGUAUAAUUUCGGAGACGACUUUAGCAGAUGAACGAACUUCUGAAGUAUUACAAGUUAUUACAGAAACAGAACAAAGGACAGUUCGCCAUAGGAGUGAAAGAGAAGACAGAUUGCAGAAUAUGGAGGCAGAGAACAUAAAAUCAAAACAGAACAAGUGUAAUGAGACAAAUGUAUGUACAAAUGUAGAAGAUUUUGAUGCAAGUAGCAAGCAAACAGAAAUAUCAAGAUGUUGUAGCAAGUGUGAAAUGAUAAUUUCACAACAAAUUACAAGAAGUGAUUUUGUACAAAAUCAAAGUAGCAAUGAUAAUACAGAGGACAUUAAACUCAAACUCAAAGCAUGUAACUCUGAUAUAGAAAAUUAUAAGGACAAUAUCAUUGGGAAGGAAAACGUGAUGAACGAGGCGUCCGAAUCGGGUACGAUGUCCAGCUUGAGCAGUCGUGAGAUAUUCAACAAUAAUAACGACACCCACAGCAACAACAAUAACAACGGCGCGACUACCAUCACGAGAUAUAUUCACAUUAAACACGCAGACUCGUCGGUUAAGAUUUUUCGAGAAACGACCGUCUGAUAUUGAAUUUAUUAUUCGUAUACGGUUACCACUUACAGCUAACAAUUUCACGUUAUGUGAAAUAACGUUUCACAAGCUUAUGGUUGCGAGAUAUUUUAACGGUUUUACCGGCAAACUAAUCUUUGCGCAAAUCUCGCCGCGACGCUUUCGAAAUGUCCCGAUAAUCGAAUAUGUUCGAUUUUAUUCGAUUAUCGACUUUUAGAUUGCUGGUCGCGUCCAAUGAUCAUUCAAUCGAUAAUCGCAGAUCGCCCAUGCACUCGCGUAUGGAUGAAAUUGCGCGAGUCGUUAAAUUGAAUCGAAGCAAAAUACUGCAAUUACGAACCGUUUUGCUGACGACGGACGUGCGACGAUUGCCGCUAAUACUGGAGCGUGCUCUCGGUGUGAACUGCUGUUUGCCCGCAUACACGAAAAGCUUUGGGUAUGUUUACACGAAACUCGAUACGUUAUUAGUAAUUUCGAAGUUAUUAAUGUAUUCACUGCAGAUUUGAUUCUCAUUAUAUUACAUAUGUGUUUAAUAGAUACCAAUUAUUACGAAAAACUUUUUCAUAAUUUCGAGAUUUUUAGUUCAUGUGCCACAUUCAAGUCGAUACGAUACAUAAUGCAAAAGUAUGUGCCGACUCGAAUGUGCAUCGUGUGCAGUGAACGUGUUAAAUUCGAAAUACUUCCUGUUGAAACUAUACAAUAGAGAUGUUAGAAGAAAAAAAAAAGACGAGAUCUUUUUGAGAAUUGUUAAUAUGACGAAAUCGUUGAUACAAUGGCGUAUAUGACGAUUAUUGUAUUUUAUUCGUUAAGUGUCUUGGUGUUCCUACGCUACGUUCUUUCAGACAGUUCUUCCCAAGACUGCGAGUCUUGCAAAUGAUUUGUAUAAUUAGACGAGCAGAGAUUCACGAUAAAGAAAACGUUUCCAUGAGAGAUCGUUUGAUGUGAUAUUACCGUGGUACCUCACUUUUGUUGGUUUCCAUUGUUAGAGAUCGCGAAAGCUGAAAGAAGAGUAUUGCGCUACGAUUGCUGCCAAUAUCAAUUCGACUUCACUUUUUACAAUGUGAUUCAAUUAUAAUUGAUACGCGUUGUCUCGUUGAAUUACGUUGCAAAGAGUUAAUGAGAAUCAUUUGAGAAAGAAUAAUUACGUACAAAAAUGAAAAAUACCUAUUCCCAUUUGAAAUUUUGUAUGUAAUAAUUCCAUUGCAAUUCUAUAAUGUGCACGGCAUUUUCUACUCAUACAUUGGCGUCGAGUUCCACUGAGAAAAAUUCCUCGUGUCGAAACAUGUAUCGCCGUUUUUCUCUUCUCCUUUUUUUUUUUUAUAUUAUUUUAUCGCUACAGUGUUGAAUAGCAGUAAGUGCAUUAUUUUCGACGCUCAAACAAACUAUUACUAAUCUCUGAUGGAAUUUACUUGAAGCACUCGAUUCACGAUAGUAUCUUAAUCCGAUCCAAUUGGACUAAAUUUGCGGGUACAUUCCAUUAGCGUAACCACUAGCUAGGGAACUCAAAGCUUCUGGGAAACUGUUGGCAGGUACUCGAACGUCGUUAAUAUAGGAAAUAUAAAGUUUAGACAUGGUAGAUCGUAUGUAUUUGCACGCAAAACAUAUCUAUAUUCCUCUAUCGACAUGCGUACGAUAAAUGUACACUCGUUAUAAUCCCAUUGCGGAUGUUUGUCACUACUUAAAAAUUCUUCAAAUCCUUCCACUGCCCCCUGGUUACGUCAUUGAAUUCACAUUUGUUGAUGUUAUAUGGAAAUAUGUAUAAGGAUGUACCAACAUCAUAGUGUCCAUAAAGUAUAAUGGAUUAUGUUUAUUCGUUCCGUUUGCGAUUUCCAUUAUACUCUAAAUACGAUAACGCGAAAACGAUGAUUCGAAUGACUUAAACGCGAUGCUAUAUUGUUAUACCAUACUCCCUUGCGAUGAAAACUCGCCAAUACCACACUUCUCAUUUCACACUAUCAAAAACGAUCAUUGUCCAUGUUUGUCCUCUCUGCAGAAAAGUGAAGAAUAUUUUAACAUCUUUAACUUUGGCUCAAUACAUAGCAAAUUUUUCAAG